AUCUCCCUUAGCUUAAAAAAACAUAUUAUAUAUGGCACCAAAAUGUGGUCCGUCAGUAUGGAUGGUUCCAAUGCGAGCGAAAUGCUGAAUUUGUUUCCCCAAAAAUCAGAAAAUCAGUUAUUUCUCAUAGACAUUCAAUCGAAAGGAGAAGAGCUCUCUCUCUCUCUCUCUCUCAUGAGAUUUUGAAACCUAGAGUUGAGCUUGGCAACAGGUAUGCAGAUAUCCGGAGUUAUUGCUGACGUCUCGGUUGUUCUGCCGUCUUCUGGCUGUCUCAGGUCACCGGAACUCAGGCAUUCCAACUCAUUUUCCGACUCAAAGUUCCAUCUCUCUGCCGGAAUUAUCAGAGGUUAUCCUUCAUUUUGCAUUUCCAAGCUAGGAUUUGGAGCAGAUAAGUGCCGAGCAAGAGGCUUAACAGCGAGAGCAUCAAGUUCAAGUGGUGAUUUGGUACCUAUUGCACCUGUACACUUGGAAUCCCCAGUUGGCCAGUUUUUAGCACAAAUAUUGCAAACACAUCCACAUCUACUUCCUGCAGCCAUUGAUCAGCAGCUUGAGAACCUUCAAACUGAUAGAGAUGCACAAAGAGAAGAAACUCCAUCCUCAUCUCAAGAUCUCCUCCUGUAUGGGAGAAUAGCUGAAGUUAGAGAGAAGGAAAGGCGAAAGGCAUUGGAGGAGAUAAUGUACUGCUUGAUUGUACACAAGUUCAUAGAUCAUAAUAUUUCAAUGAUCCCAAAGAUAACAGUAUCCUCUGAUGCAACUGGACGAGUGGAUUCUUGGCCAAACCAGGAAAGCAAACUUGAAUCUGUUCAUUCCCCUGAAGCAUUUGAGAUGAUACAGAGUCAUUUAUCCCUUGUUCUUGGGGACCGGCUUGUCGGUCCCCUUGACACAGUGGUUCAGAUGAGCAAAAUCAAACUUGGAAAGCUCUAUGCUGCUUCCACAAUGUAUGGGUAUUUUCUCAGAAGAGUUGAUCAGCGAUUCCAAUUAGAGAGAACCAUGAAAACACUACCUGAGCGUUUUAAUGAAGACAAUGUUAGUUCUGAAGAUCUGUCUCCAGUCAACAAGCUUUGGGAUCCGGAAUCAUUGAUCUGGAUCCUACCCGAUGAUGGGAGCGAUGCCAAUGGAGGUGGCUUAAUAGAUACUGCUGAAGGUAACUCAUACAGAUUAAGAUCCUAUGUGAUGUACUUGGAUGCAGAGACACUACAAAGAUAUGCUACCAUUAGAUCCAAGGAAGCUGUAUCUUUGAUUGAAAAGCAAACACAGGCACUGUUUGGAAGGCCUGAGAUCAGGGUCGCUGAAGAUGGUUCCUUAGAUGCAUCUAAAGAUGAAGUGAUUGCAAUUACUUUUUCCGGGUUGACAAUGCUAAUUUUAGAGGCAGUUGCUUUUGGAUCAUUUUUAUGGGAUGCUGAAUGCCAUGUUGAAUCCAAAAUCAACUUCCUUAAAAACUGAUAUAUUGUUUAACUAUGUAAGUUGUUAGCUUUGUAAGUGAUAAUGAAUGGCUGAAAAUUUUAUGUUUUUUGAGCAUGAUGUAUAUAUAAAGGGUAUUGAUUAACAUGAUCUGCUUGUGUUCUUGUGAUCCAUAAAACAGAUGGAGCGGCAGGAGGAAAAAUAGUCUAGAAGGCUGGUCAGAAUAUAGAAUCAGCGAAGUGUAAUGAAAAAAUAUCUUCCAGGCCCAUGAUCACUACUCCAGUGCGAUUGAAAAUUUUCAGAUUCCCUAUUUAGAAGUUGGAAAAUAUCAAAGAAAGGAAGAGAAAAAAAAGAAAGUAUUUAUUUAAAAA